UAUGGCGUUAUAUAUAACUUUCAGAUGCUUUUAUAAGGGAGGGCUUGUAAAAUACUGGUAACAAUACUCAUAUACGUAACAGGUAAUCGUAAUUUGGUGCGUUUUCCUGAACUGUUCUCGCUCCUUGCCUCGGCUCACGCUCAGCCUGUGUUGGCAGGCCUCUGCUGGCUCAGGUAUAAAAACACUGGGCCAUGUGAAGAGAGUGACACAUGUUCACUAACACUCCCAUGCAGUGAGUGAUGUGCAGUAUUCCCUAUUUGGCUAGAUAAUAGAGCAACUCUGACACUUUGGUGCAGUCUGUCUCAUUCAGGUACACUCAUUUAUAGUGGGACAAUGACAAAUUCAAGAGUCAAACAUAAUGAAAAAGUUGACAGAGUCAUGGAGGCAGCAGAAACCUUUUCCUUCAAAGUUGCCCAAAGAAGAUAAAAAAUGUGUAACAGUUGAAAAAUCAAAAACACAGCAGUUCCUUGGCAAAGGGGCUGCUGCCAAGUCUAAAGCCAUGGGGAGAGAUGAGGAACAGCUCACUGUCCAGCCAAUGAUGACAAGGUCUGCCUUGAGGUCUCUGAAUACAAGCAACAAAGUUAAUCCAAUGCAGGAUGAACCACCUGAAAAUGGCAAAUGUAAUCAUGAAGCAACCAAAGAACAUCAUACCAAAUCUAAACAAAGCAGCAACACCACCUUCAAUGUGUCUUUUGAUGAGGAUAUCUUAUCCGCUGUAGAGAUGAUGGAAAAUGAAUACGUGUCAAAUAAAGGGAGUAAUGCAGUGAAGAGGCCUAGCACAACUGUGGCCUCUAAGGCUGGUGAGAAUUCUUCCUGUGGAGGUAAAAAAUCAAAAUAUCUACAUCCAAAUCUAAGAGAAGUUGCAGUCAAAAGAGGCCAUAAGUUGUUUGAAAAUAUCAGGUCCCCCAAUGAAAACUCUGGAGGUGAUGAUAUCAAAGAAAUUGAAGAACGGUCAAAAGAAGACAGCAGUCAGAACAGAAAAGUCAGUCAGAAAGCUUCAACUGAUGCUAAUUUGAUCAGUGGUGAGACAGACGAAAAUGAGAGGAUGGAAAGGAAAGAUUCAACAGGGAGUCCCCAUACAUCAAAUAUGAAUGAUUCUACUGGUAGUGUUUCAAGUGCUGUUGACAAACUGGCCUUGUCAUCUUGGGGCCUUCCUGAGAUAGUCCUCAACAAAUACAAAGCUGCAGGGAUCACCACCAUGUUUGAGUGGCAGGCAGAGUGUCUCAGCACCAGGAAUGUACUGGCUGGUGGUAACCUAGUAUAUUGUGCUCCAACAAGUGCGGGGAAGACUAUGGUAGCUGAACUACUCAUUCUGAAGAGAGUACUGGAGACUAAAAAGAAAGCAAUCCUCAUUCUCCCCUUUGUAUCUGUGGCAAGAGAAAAGAUGUUUUAUCUACAGGGGAUGUUUCAAGAUGCUGGACUCCGAGUUGGAGGCUAUAUGGGUAGCAGUAGUCCUGCGGGUGGUUUCAAAAGUGUGGAUAUUGCAGUCUGUACAAUAGAGAAAGCCAACAGCCUGCUUAACAGGCUACUGGAGGAGAAGUCACUGGACAAACUUGGCAUUGUAGUAGUAGAUGAGUUACACAUGGUUGGGGACCAACACAGGGGCUAUUUGCUUGAACUUCUCCUGACAAAGGUUCGAUUUGUGGCUUCAAGAACUGAGUGUAGCUUGGAUGACAGUGUUGAAUCUGCACUCCACAAUCCAAUCCAGAUAGUUGGUAUGAGUGCCACUCUUCCCAACUUGGACCUCUUGGCAAAAUGGUUAAGUGCUGACCUCUACUGUACAGACUUCAGACCAGUACCUUUAAAUGAAUGUGUGAAAAUAGGAAAUUCUAUCUAUGACCACUCCAUGAAAAAGUUGCGUGAAGUGGACACUUCUCGUUUGAUUAAAGGAGAUGAAGACCAUAUAAUUUCUUUGUGUCUUGAGACCAUAACUGCAGGGCAUUCUGUACUGGUGUUCUGUCCAACAAAGAAUUGGUGUGAAAAACUGGGGGAAUCUAUAGCUAGGGAGUUUUUCAACAUGGGGAAACGACUUCAGGAGCAGGAAGCAGGUUCUUUGAAGACCUUGGAAGUUGUGCCAGUGUUAAACUUUGAGGGUCUUCGUGAUGUGGUGGAGCAACUUAAAAGAUCACCAGUUGGUGUUGAUCCUAUGCUGAACAGAAUAGUGCCUUAUGGAGUGGCUUUCCAUCAUGCAGGCCUGACAUUUGAUGAGAGGGAUAUUAUAGAGGGUGCCUUUAGACAAGGUGUUCUGCGUGUCCUUGUUGCAACGUCAACUCUGUCCUCUGGUGUGAACCUUCCAGCCAGAAGAGUGAUCAUCAGGACACCCACCUUCUAUGGCAACAUCAUAGAUACUCUCACUUACAAGCAGAUGGUGGGUAGAGCAGGCAGAAAAGGGGUGGAUACUGAAGGUGAAAGUAUACUAGUCUGCAAAACCAAUGAGCGCAGUAAAGCCACAUCUCUGUUGAGCUCCCAGCUUAAACCAGUGAAGAGUUGCCUGGCCAGAAAGGGAGAAAGCUUAAAGUCCAGCAUGAAGAGAGCUGUCCUUGAGGUAGUGGUGAGUGGUGUGGCCAGCACACCAGAGGAAGUGGCCAGGUACUCGGAGUGCACCAUGCUAGCAGCCUCCAUGACUGCUGACAGUGAAAACCCCACAGAACCAUCAGAGUGCCCGACUCAAGCUUGUAUCAAGUGGCUUAUGGACAAUGAGUUUAUUCAGCUAAGGAAGACCAGCACAGAGGGUAGGAGUGAUGUAGAAAAGUUCUACCCUACCCAGCUUGGGUCUGCUGUACUGGCCUCUGCACUGUCACCAGAUGAGGGCCUGGCUGUGUUUGCAGAGUUACAGAAAGCAAGGAGGUGCUUUGUACUGGAGAAUGAGCUUCACAUCAUAUACCAGGUGACCCCCAUCUAUAUGUCAGACUGUGCUAACAUAGACUGGUACCAGUACCUGUGUCUGUGGGAGAAGCUGUCAGCAGAUAAGAAGAGAGUGGCUGAGCUGGUUGGUGUACAGGAAGGUUUCCUGGCUAGAGCAGUACAGGGUAGGAUAUCUAAGUCCUCUGUACAGCAGGCCAAGGCCAUGGCAGUGCAUUCCAGAUUUUAUACUGCCCUUAUGCUGCAUGAUCUGGUUAAUGAGGUUCCACUUAAUGUUGUUGCACAGUGCUAUAAUUCAACAAAAGGAAUCUUACAGUCACUGCAGCAAUCAGCAGCAACAUUUGCUGGUAUGGUGACAGUGUUCUGCCACAGACUGGGGUGGAUCAAUCUGGAGCUACUGUUAUCCCAGUUCCAGAACCGGUUGACCUUUGGCAUCCAGCGUGACCUCUGUGACCUUGUGCGUAUCUCUUUGCUGAAUGGUCAGAGGGCAAGAGUUCUCUACAACGCUGGUCACCAGAGUGUGGCUGCACUGGCCAACGCUGACCCUGCUGAGGUGGAGCAGACACUCAAAAAUGCUGUCCCCUUUCAGAGCAAGAAGAAGGCAGAUGGUGAGAAUGAGUGGGAAAUGAAGGAGAGGUUGAAGAGAAGAUGUAUCUGGCUCACAGGGAAGAAGGGGCUUACAGAACAUGAGGCAGCUGUACUGAUAGUAGAGGAGGCCCAACUGUUACUGAAGGAAGACCUGGCCCUGCUUGGUGUUGCCUGGAAGCCUAGUAGUCAGUCUAGUGAACAACAGAUGGACACAAGUAUAAACACUAGUAAAGACAGAAGUGAGGCCUUGCAGUGCUCCCACAGAACACCAGCUACUGACAGGAGUAAUGGGCCCCAAAACACAUCUGUUCAGAAUGACAAAGAGAUAGUGACUCCUGUUAGGGUUCUUGUUAGUCCAAUAACACAUCCUAAAGAGAAAAACAAAAGUUCUGAUGGAUGUGCCAAGGUAGUGCAUGUCAGUAGUAAACAGAAAUCCACUUUGGAUUCACUUGAUUUACAUUCUGAAAACAUGCCCGACAAUUACAAGAAAUCAAAAAGAAAAUCAUAUGAUAAAAAUGUGAAAAGUGGUGAAGGAAAGAAUUCAGAUUCAAUUCAAACUGCUAACAGUGGUAACCAGAAUGACAAGACUGGUGAGCAAAGUAAUGUUGCUGUUAACAAAAGGAGUGCAAGUCUCCAUGAUGAAUCUGACAGUUGUAUCCUCCAAGACAAAAAGCAGCAUUUGAAAACUGAAAAUACUGAUCAUAGAGAAAAAUACAAAGAUGGGAAACAGUUUGUUCAGCCUCUUAAAAGAAGUAACAAUGAAUUAGUUGUUAUGGCAGAAAUACACAAUGAAGCACAGGAAACUGUCCAGUGUUCAGGAACAGAAAACUAUCCCCAUUUGAAUGAAAAUGGCAGCAAAGUUGAGACCAGUCAAGUACAGGGUGUAUCAUCAGACAUAAUAACACCUGUUAAAGUUCAAAAGUGCCAGACUGAAGGAGUGCCAUCUGAACAGCCUAUAUCACCAGACUUGUACUCAGUGCCUGAAGAGUUCAAUGAUAGUUUUGAGGUGAACACACAGCUGAUGCAACAGCUGCUGGUCAGCUGUCCCAGUGAUACUGCCACAAACAAGAACUGUAAUUAUUCACAAUUAUUACAUGAUAAUAAACUUAUUCAGACCAGUGAUGUAAUUAUACAAACAAAUUCUACAAAGAAAAAUUUUACAGACAAUUUAUUACAGAAUACUUUACACAAUGGACUUGCAUAUGAAUAUUCUAAUAAUGACAAAGCAGUAAGUCACCUGCUUGAGGAAAGUAAAACAAACAGACAAAGUGUCUCCAACCUUUUUGUUGACAAAGACAUGAAUCUGCAUGCUAAGCAAUCAGAUCAAGAUUUGCUCAAUACAAACUGUGAUAAUAAGGAAACGGCUCCCAAUGAAACCAUUCCAAAGCAUGUCUGUGAUAAAGCAUUUAAGAAACCCAAAGUUGACCAGAUUACCAAUAUGGUAGUUGUGAGUCCUGUGAAGGAAUUGGGAUGUGAGGGAAAGAAUAAUGUCAUUACUCCACCCAUGUACUCUGAAGAGUUGAUGGAUUCUCUAGACUCUGAUUUACAAUUGUUUGCUGCUGGAUUCAAAACUCAGAAGAUUGGUUUCAUAGAACAGAGUGCUUCACCCUGUCUAAAGAAUGCCAAACAGAUAGCAAAAACAAUAGUAGUUCCUUUGGCUCCUCAGCUUGGAGAUGCUAAACAUCUUAGUGUAACAAGAGAGGAACUUGACAGCAUAUCAGACUCUCCUCUCCUGGUGGCAAGUAACUAUGAGAAGAUGGUAUAUAGUGAGGAUGGACUAUUUGAGGAUUCGCUAUCACAGGCAGGUGCUCUCCAGCCAGAGGCCCAGCACCAGAAGUCGGUCAGUAAACAGGGACCCCAGAACAGCAGCCUUGAUGAGGUGCUCCAGCAAGACAUGGCAGCAGCUAUGAAGAUGAUGAAUGAAAGUCUGUCCCCAUUCCCAUCUAACUCUAAUCCUCCUCAAGCAAAACCUCCAUCAGAUAGUGGUGAUAUGUGUAGGAAUAGUAGUACACCAUAUGAGCCUAAAAUAACACCUAAGAAACUGGGUGGUGUCCAGCCCUCUCAGAUGAAUGAUUCUCUGACUUUCUCUAUGCUUGAAAAAGCUCUGGACUGUGAUCUUUUGUCACCUAUAGCAACUCCAGCCAUGUUUAAGGCUGCUAGACAGGCUGCUGAAGAGAAGAGAAAUGCAGAAUACAGCAAGAAGUGUCAGUUGGCCUGUAAGCAGGAGACUUGCCAAAAUACUGCCACUGUAAAAUAUGGUGGUGGAGCUAUGAUAGAUACACCAAUGGGAAGAGGAAGUUGUAAUAGAAUAAAAGAUAAUGCAAAAGCUUGUGGUUAUCAAAGAAAGAGGAAGAGUUUGGAAACAAAAGAAACUGAAUCGUCUCCACCUAAGAGUGUGAAAUGUGGAAUAUUUUCAGAAAAGUCAUCGGCAAAAGGGGAUGAAUCGGCAGAAAAUGUGAGUGUUGGCAGUGACUGCGUUCCCCCCACACCCCCUGAUUCCAGUGUAUCACUAGCUGCUGCAGCAACACCAGAGUGUUUAAAAGUAACUCCAUACAGUUUACGAAAUCGGAAUAUAAAGGGGCAGGCAGUUAACCAGACACCUCUUAAACAUAGUUCAGUUAGAGCAAGACCUUCAAGAAAAAUAGAUGAUUAUUUUUGCAGUAAAAAUAAUGCACAGGAUUUGGAAGUUGGAGGAGUGAGCACACAACCUGGGGGAAGUUUCACUAUCAUUGAUGUAGCUGCAGACAGGCAAUUGUUUGAUACAUUUAUAGAAGAAUGGAAACAGCAGAAGAAGUUUUCCAUCUCAGUUGCUUGUGAAAAGUGCCCUCCCAAGCCUGUCAGUGGUGGAGGAAUAGGUGGCAAAAUUAAAAGGGGAAGACCAAGAAGUAGCCCCCAGAAAGUUGAAAACUUUGUCAUAGAGUGCCAGCAGUGUAUGGUGGUAGGUAUAGCAGUUUGCUGGGAGAGGAGAGAUGCCUACUUUGUGGCCUUCAGAGAUGGAACAGAAAGUGGAGUGCUUGGAGAUGCUAAACAUCUUAGUGUAACAAGAGAGGAACUUGACAGCAUAUCAGACUCUCCUCUCCUGGUGGCAAGUAACUAUGAGAGGAUGGUAUAUAGUGAGGAUGGACUAUUUGAGGAUUCGCUAUCACAGGCAGGUGCUCUCCAGCCAGAGGCCCAGCACCAGAAGUCGGUCAGUAAACAGGGACCCCAGAACAGCAGCCUUGAUGAGGUGCUCCAGCAAGACAUGGCAGCAGCUAUGAAGAUGAUGAAUGAAAGUCUGUCCCCAUUCCCAUCUAACUCUAAUCCUCCUCAAGCAAAACCUCCAUCAGACAUUGGUGAUAUGUGUAGGAAUAGUAGUACACCAUAUGAGCCUAAAAUAACACCUAAGAAACUGGGUGGUGUCCAGCCCUCUCCACAUCAGAUGAAUGAUUCUCUGACUUUCUCUAUGCUUGAAAAAGCUCUGGACUGUGAUAUUUUGUCACCUAUAGCAACUCCAGCCAUGUUUAAGGCUGCUAGACAGGCUGCUGAAGAGAAGAGAAAUGCAGAAUACAGCAAGAAGUGUCAGUUGGCCUGUAAGCAGGAGACUUAUCAAAAUACUGUCACUGUAAAAUAUGGUGGUGGAGCUAUGAUAGAUACACCAAUGGGAAGAGGAAGUAGUAAUAGAAUGAAAGAUAAUGCAAAAGCUUGUGGUUAUCAAAGAAAGAGGAAGAAUUUGGAAACAAAAGAAACUGAAUCGUCUCCACCUAAGAGUAUGAAAUGUGGAAUAUUUUCAGAAAAGUCAUCGGCAAAAGGGGAUGAAUCAGCAGAAAAUGUGAGUGUUGGCAGUGACUGUGUUCCCCCCACACCCCCUGAUUCCAGUGUAUCACUAGCUGCUGCAGCUACACCAGAGUGUUUAAAAGUAACUCCAUACAGUUUACGGAAUCGAAAUAUGAAGGGGCAGGCAGUAAACCACAUACCUCUUAAACAUAGUGCAGUUAGAGCAAGACCUUCAAGAAAAAUAGAUGAUUAUUUUUGCAGUAAAAAUAAUGCACAGGAUUUGGAAGUUGGAGGAGUGAGCACACAACCUGGGGGAAGUUUCACUAUCAUUGAUGUAGCUGCAGACAGGCAGUUGUUUGAUACAUUUAUAGAAGAAUGGAAACAGCAGAAGAAGUUUUCCAUCUCAGUUGCUUGUGAAAAGUGCCCUCCCAAGCCUGUCAGUGGUGGAGGAAUAGGUGGCAAAAUUAAAAGGGGAAGACCAAGAAGUAGCCCCCAGAAAGUUGAAAACUUUGUCAUAGAGUGCCAGCAGUGUAUGGUGGUAGGUAUAGCAGUUUGCUGGGAGAGGAGAGAUGCCUACUUUGUGGCCUUCAGAGAUGGAACAGAAAGUGGUGAUCCAAAUGAAAGUCUAUCAGCUCCUCCACUGGACAGCAGCCUGAUACCAGGCUACAAGAUGGAUGCAGUGAAGUCUGUCCUAGAAUUACACAGGGAAAAUGGCCGCAGUAUCCUGGCAUUUGACAUCAAGGAGCAGUACAAGGUGCUUGCCAGGGCAUGUGGGGUGUGUGUGCAAGCAGAGGUGUACCAGGACCCUAAGGUGGCAUGCUGGAUGAUGGACCCUGGGGAGAAGGAAAAGAACCUGCACAGGAUGGUGAAGAAUUAUCUGCCACUUGAGAAUCACUUGCUGGAAGGCAUUGGUGGAGGUAUUGGGGUAAGCAGCCUUGGCAUAAGCUAUGAGAACCCUGGCCCUGGUAGACUGAGAGCCUGUGUGGAGUCUGUGAUGACACUGCAUCUCAUGUCCUACUUCACAACACAGCUACAGGAGGCUGGCCUCUACCAGGCUUUUGUGGAUGUGGAGAUGCCUUCUGUGGUGACCCUGGCCAGGAUGGAACUCAAUGGAUUAGGGUUCAGUCAAGCAGGAUGUGAUAGCCAGCGGAGUAUCAUGCAGGCCAAGCUGUCUGCCCUGGAGGACCAGGCGUACCAACUGGCAGGACACCCGUUUGCUCUGUCUGCACCAGAUGAUGUGGCACAGGUGCUUUUUGUGGAACUAAAACUUCCACCCAAUGGGGACCUGUCAGCUCAAAAGUUUGUUAUGGCAUGUUGUAUGGUAUUGGUCCCAAGGCACUGGGAGAACAAAUAGGUGUAGAAGAGAAUGAUGCAGCUGCAUUUAUUGAGACAUUCAAAGCACGUUACAAAGGUAUGAGACAGUAUCUUCAGACCACUGUGGAGCAGUGUAGAACUCUGGGAUAUGUUCAGACUGUCACAGGACGCAGGCGAUACCUGCCUGGCAUCAAGGAUACUAAUCCACAUGUUAAAGCGCAGGCUGAGAGGCAGGCGGUGAACACCACAGUGCAGGGCUCUGCAGCAGAUCUGGUCAAACUGGCCAUGAACAGGAUAGACAGCAUCUUGAUGGAGAGGUUUCCUGACACAGCUAAGCCACACCUUCACAAGCAGUUCCAGUCUGUGGACACAAGGCAGAGGGUCCACUCAAAGUCUGACAAUAAUGGAAAACCGAGAGGAGGAUUUUUUAUUCUACAGUUGCAUGACGAGCUGAUCUAUGAAGUAGCAGAACAAGACUCUAUGGCUGUGGCAAAGAUUGUGAAGAACAACAUGGAGAAUGCCAUGAGCUUCUCUGUUCAUUUACCAGUCAAAGUCAGCAUGGGACCCACAUGGGGAAGUCUUGAAGAAGUGGAUGUGUGAAAAGAAAAGAACGAUCAAUCUUCAAAGACAUUGACUAUGAAGGAAAAGGACUUAAUUAUAUGAAGAAUAUAUUAGUUUUGGAAGAGACAUUACAGCUUAGAAUUCAAGAGAUAGUCUCGUUUAAAAAAAUUGGCCUUACAACUUGCAAAGAAACUAAGCUACCAAGCUUUAUAUUCAAAUAUAACAUUGUAUUAUUUGAAUUAUACGUUUUAAAAUAUUCAAUUAUUGCUUGUAUAUUUAUUCAAUUAUUUUAAAUUAUUGCAGUAACAGGCAUCUUGUAUCAUAAUGAAGAUAAAACACUUAUUCUGUCUGUGCAUAUAUCAUUAAUAUAUUUAUUUACAGAUGUUACAAAAUGUUUUCCCCAUUUUUAAAGUGGGAUUAUCUUGGAAUUCAGGAUGUGGACUGAUCCCUACAUCAUAUGUCAAGGUGCUUUCAAAUAACUGACACUGUGCACACUAUUUUUUCUUUCAGUACAUUUCACUUGAAGCACUUACAAAAAACUGUACAUAAAACAAAUAAAGGACAUGAAUAUCA